AUUUUGGCCGGAGCGUUCACGGUACACUGGGCGCUUGCACGAUGGUCGCAUCGAGCUCCCGCCAACCGCACGAGGUCCCCCUCCCCCAGAGUCCGGAAGUGGCGGCGCAGAAGAAAGGGCGGAAAAGCAAGGGGAAGGCGAAGCACGACGCGGUCCCUCCCUCAAGCUCUCGUGCAAAGGAUGUCGCGGUAGAGGCGGACGUACAAGACGAUCAGAGCGAGCCCGCGGUGUGGGACUGGUUGCGCAUCACGGACUCGUCUGCCUGUGGCGUUCCCCCAGUGUUCACGAGGGACGGGAGCUACUUCUUCUCCCUUGUGGGGGCGUCUGUCAAAAUUCACUCGGCCUCUACCGGUGUAGUCGUCUCGACCUUGAGUACCCCAAGACCCGCGGGGAAGGAGUCGCUCGCCGAUACGCUCACUUGCGCGACCUUGAACCCGCACAAUGUAUUCCAGCUGAUCGUGGGAUCACUGAACGGCUGCUUAAUGGUCUGGGACUACCUGGAUGGUGUAUUGCUUCAGACAAUCGACCUGGCACAACCCAUCCGGCAUAUCUGCGCCCACCAGAAGUUCAAAGACUAUGUCUUCGUCGCUGCUUCCAAGCCUUCGAAGAAGCAAAGCCGUGGAGACGACAAUGCUGCCGUGCUCCGAGUCUCUCUCAAGCCCUCCGAGGAUACGGUCGAGGCUUCGCUCCAGAAAACGUCGGCGAUCACACCCAUCGGCAAGACGCGUUUCCCCACUGGCCUCGCUUUCUCGGCGUCAGGCGACUGGCUGGUUGCAACUGCGGGCCACAAAGCUUAUGUGGUGAACUCUUCGUCCCUUGGCGAUGGCUUUACCAAAUACGUCUCCCCGGAGAAGCUCACCUGCCUCGCCACACACCCAGUUGACGAUUACUUUGCUACUGGCGACGUCAAGGGCAACAUUCGCAUUUGGUACUGCUUGAACCGCGACCUGCCCGUCAACGCGACUGGAGUGGAGAAGAAGUCGGACACGACCUCACUGCACUGGCACGCUCAUGCCGUCUCUUCUCUCACGUUCACGGCGAACGGCGCAUAUCUGCUCAGCGGUGGCGAGGAGGCGGUUCUGGUGGUGUGGCAGCUGCGCACGGGCAGGAAGGAGUUCGUCCCUCGCGUUGGCGCGCCCAUCCGUACGGUGUCUCUGUCGAACCCAGUCAAUGGCGAUCCAGAGUACCUGCUCGGUUUGGCUGACGCAACGUACACCUUCGUGAACGCGGAUAGUCUGAAAGUGUCCCGCAGCUACUCUCGCAUCAAGCUUGAUCCCGCCGCACCGCAAACUACAUCUCCAGCCGACGCGCCUCUCGCUGUCCACAGCCAGACCAACACGCUCAUCCUCCCCUCCUCCCACCCAUCCUCUCUCCAAGUUUACUCGCCCGCUUCGUCGCAACUGGUCUCCGAGCUUGAGGUUUCGCCCUCAAAUCGCGUCUCUCGCCGAGACGACGUGCCUCUCGAGCCCGCAAGGGUUGAAAAGGUGGUCGUGUCAUCAUCGGGCGACUGGAUGGCGACUGUCGACAAUCGCGCCGGCGACGACACCUUCCGCGGCGAGGUCUAUCUGAAGAUGUGGUCCUGGGAUCGCAAGACUUCGUCCUGGUCCCUCAACACGCGGAUAGACCGUCCUCAUGGGCAGCAUCGGGUUACGGAUGUGCGCUUUAGCCCGGCCGCCAGCUUGGAGCAACCGUUGCAGCUUGUCACCACUGGGGAUGAUGGCUUCAUCAAGCUAUGGCGGAUCCGAUCAGUCAAGAGCAAGGAAGGGUCAAAAGAUGAUUACUGGAUCCUGCGCUCGAGCUUCCGCUUCCGUACGGAGAUGCCGUCAAAGGCGUCGUGGUCACCCGAUGGGUCCUUGCUGGCGGUAUCGACGUCCUCGUCCGUAGCGGUGUACGACCCAAACACUACGCAGCUGCGUCAGACCCUCACCGCUCCGGAAUGCAAGGCCCCCACGGAUGUCAGCUUCCUUGGUAUAACUGGGCGUUAUAUGGCCGUGGCGGGCGGCAAGGAUCUCGUCGUAUGGGACUUGCUUUUCCAGACUGUCCGUUGGCAUCAUCAAUGUCCGUCUAACGUCGACUUCAUCGUGCCGCACGCGCAAGAAGACUCGUUCGCGGUCCUGUACCGUCCAGGCGAUUUGGAGUCGACUACCGUGGCCAUCUUCAGCCCGUCGUCGCCGAAGCCGACACUUCGGAGCGUGCCAUUGGUUCUCAAGAGCGUCGCCUGGUACGGCGAGUCAGCAAGUGCCUCCGACUUCUCACUCGUGGGUAUCUCCGACAAGUGGGAUGUUCUGUUCAUUGGCGACAGCGUCAAGGCGCCCGAGGACGCCGGUGCUCGCACGCAGAACAUCUCGACCGAAGACACGCCGUACCGUCGGACGCUCUUCCAGGAGAUAUUUGGCGAGGCCGCGUUACCCACGGGUCCUGCGCUCACUGCGCCGACGCCUGUAGUGGUUCCCGCGUCCGACGUCCAGUUCGAGGAGCCUGCGUAUCUGAUGCCCUCCAUGGACGAUGUAUUCGAUACGUUGAUGAGCCCCUUCGUGCGCCCUCGACCGGAGGAGCAACAAGAGGAGGCGGAAGGCGCCCCACAAGAAGACGCAGACGUCGAGAUGGAGGAAGCACCACCAUUACCGCCACCACCUCCCAAUUUUAUGCCCGACGAUGCAUUAAUGGCCUCCUUCAUCGACCUCUUUCGAAAACAAACCAUACAGCCCCGACCCAAUCAACCCGCACCACCCCCUCCCACAAUCACCAACGGCAACGGCCACGCCAAACACAAAGCCAACGGCCUCGUCGCAGGGCGUACCCUCCCCGCUCCGCCCCCAAAGCGCACAAGACGAGCAGACCCCCCUACCCCCUCCCCCCGUACCCCACCAGAAUCGCCCGCCACGAACGGCAACACCAAAAAGCGCAAGAAGGCGUCGUCUUAAUUCGUUUCGUCUUCAUCCGUUCAUUUCUCCUGUACGCAUGGUCCGCACGUCUGUACGUCUGUACAUGCAUCUCAGCACAUCUGUACGUGUCUUAU